UCUGCCCGGCUUCGACCUCCAGGGCACGGGCAUCCGGCUGUGCCAGGCGGACGGUGCCUGGUCCGGGACCACGCCCAGCUGCAGGGAAGUGCGUUGUCCGAUGAUGGUGGUCCCGAGGAACGUCGUGCUGUCGCCCCCUGCCUGUGGGAAGAGGUCAAUGGCCCAGGGCGCCAUCUGCGUAGCCACCUGUCGCCAAGGUUACCGCAUCCAGGGCGGGAGGCGGGCGGUGUGUCUGAGCACCGGUGACUGGAGCGCUAAUGUCCAAAGCGUCACCUGCGCAGACUCCCAGCCCCCGAAGUUGCAGUGUCCGGAGAACGUGGAGGCGGCCACGGACGAGCGGCGCAUCACGGCUAGUGUCAGCUGGAACGCUCCCAACGCCACGGACAACUCGGGGCUAGAGGUGAUGGUGCAGGUGAAGCCCAUCUACACCCCUCCGCAGUUCUUCCCCGUCGGCACGGAGACCAUCACCUACAUCGCCACCGACCGCGCCGGCAACCAGGCCAACUGUUCCUUCACCGUCACGGUCGUCGAUACGGAGCCCCCGGUGAUUGACAGGUGCAGGUCCCCGCCCAUGGUCCAGGCCACAGACUCGGAGGCGGCGGUGGUGAGGUGGGAGGUGCCGCAGUUUUCCGACAACUCAGGUGGUCGCAUAGUGGUGACGGGCAGCCACACCCCCGGGUCACUAUUCCCCGUGGGGGAAACCCUGGUGCGCUACACGGCCACCGACGCGGCGGGUAACAACCGCACAUGUGACCUCACCAUCACCGUCCAAGGGACGGACUGCAGCCAGCCCUACGUCCCCGUCAACGGGGAGUUUGUGUGCGUGGAGGAGGAGGAGGCGGUGAACUGCGUGCUGCGCUGCAAGGAGGGCUACAACUUCGCCCAGGACGCGGUCCACAGCUACUCGUGCGCCUACGACGGCGUGUGGCUGCCGGCCACGUCCUCGGAUCGCCCCGACUGCUCCCUGAACCGCGUGGCGAACAACGGCCUGAAGCCCUUUGAGAUGCUGUUCAAGGCCUCGCGCUGCGACGACCUGGACCUGCUCAAGACCUUCACCGGGGAGUUCAACAUCAAGCUCAAAGUCCUGCUCCCCAACCUGUGUGAGAGCGAGGACGUUUGUAAGCUGGAGGUGAACUCCCAGGGACAGUGUCUGGAGUACAACUACGACUACGACAACGGAUUCGCCAUAGGGCCGGCGGGGGGGUGGGGCACCGGCACGGCCCCCCAGGGCUCCCCGGACUACACCUACUUUGACUCGGGCUACGCCUUGGACAGCCGUCCCCCCCGGUCCCAGGAGAGGAGGGCCCCCGCCCGCCUCCGCACCAAGAGACAGGGCCGGCGGAUCCGCAGGCCCACCCGGGACCAGAAGAUCCAGAUCUUCUUCAACAUCACCGCGAGCAUCCCCCUGCCCCAGUCGAGGAACGACUCGGUGGAGGCGGCCAACCAGAGGAGGCUCAUGCGCACCCUGGAGCAGCUGACCAAUCGGCUGCGGCGCACGCUGGCCCGCCAGCCGCUGUCCAGCUUCAACCUGGAGAGGGAGUUGAUCGUGGUCGACCCCAAGUCCCUGGUCAGCCGGAGGGCCACGCUGUUCUGCCGGCCCGGCUCGGUGCUCAAGGGCCGCAUGUGUGUCCAGUGCCCGGUGGGGACCUACUUCUCCCUGGAGUACCAUGAGUGUGAGAGCUGCUGGCUGGGCUCCUUCCAGGACCAGGAGGGCCAGCUGGAGUGCAAGACCUGUCCAGAGGGCACGUCCACCGCCUACCUGCACUCCCGCAGCGCCACCGAGUGCAAGGGCCAGUGUAAGCCCGGCAGCCGCUCCAUGAACGGGCUGGAGACGUGUGAGUCCUGCCCUCUGGGGCACUACCAGCCCGGCUUCGGCUCCAGGGAGUGCCUGGUGUGCCCCGACAGCACCUCCACCGUGACGCGGGGGGCCGUGGACCAGGCAGAGUGCGGGGUUCCCUGUCUGGCAGGCCGCUUCUCCCGUACGGGCCUGGUGCCGUGCUACCCCUGUCCCAGGGACUACUACCAGCCCGACCACGGCCGCUCCUACUGCCUCUCCUGCCCCUUCUACGGCACCACCACGGUUACCGGGGCGACCGCCAUACAGCACUGCUCCAGUUUCAGCUCCAGCUUCCUGCCCAAGGAGGAGAGCGUGACGUCAGCACCGGAACCCGUGCCCAGCAACCAGGACUACCAGGCCAGCAGCCAGGUGUUCCACGAGUGCUUCCUGAACCCCUGUCAGAACAAAGGGACGUGUGAGGAGGUGGGGGCCGGCUACGUCUGCACCUGUAUGCCGGGCUUCACAGGGGCCAAGUGUGAGAGUGACAUUGAUGAAUGCGACUCGGCCCCGUGUCAGAACGGGGGCCUGUGCAAAGACGGGAUGGGGGACUUCCUGUGUGAGUGCAAGCUUGGAUUCGUAGGCUCGCUGUGCGAGGCGGAGGUCAACGAGUGCGUCUCCUCGCCCUGUCUGAACGAGGGCGUGUGCGUGGACCGGGUCAACGGGUUCACCUGCAGCUGUGACGGAGGCUACACAGGCCCUCGCUGUGAGCUGGAGGUGGACGAGUGUUUGUCGGCGCCGUGUCUGAACGGCGGGGUCUGCGAGGACCUGGCCGCCGCCUUCUCCUGCACGUGCCCCACGGGCUACUCUGGGGAGCGCUGCGAGGUGGACGUGGACGAGUGCCACAGCGCCCCCUGCCUGAACGGAGGCUCGUGUCACGACGCCGUCAAUGACUUCAGGUGCCAGUGCGUGGAGGGCUACCACGGGCGUCUGUGCGAGGUGGACGUGGACGAGUGCGACCCCAACCCGUGCAUCAACGGGGCCAGCUGCCUGGACGGGCUGGGCAGCUUCACCUGCCGCUGCCUCCCUGGGUUCAACGGAACCAGGUGUGAGACAGAGAUGUCCGCCGCCUUCAACCUGGACUUCGAGGUGUCCGGUAUCCACGGCUACGUGAUCCUGGACGGCGUGAUGCCCACGCUGACGGAGAUCACGUGCACCUUCUGGAUGAGGUCGUCGGACACCAUCAACUACGGCACGCCCGUGUCUUAUGCCGUGGAGGGCAGCGACAACGCCUUCCUGCUCAUCGACUACAACGGCUGGGUGCUGUACGUGAACGGGAAGGAGCGGAUCACCGACUGCCCGGCCGUCAACACGGGCCAGUGGUACCACGUGGGCGUGUCGUGGCGCAGCUGGGACGGCGACUGGAGGGUCUACAUCAACGGCAAGCCGUCCGACGGCGGCAAGGGCCUCUCGGUGGGCUCCUCCAUCCCAGGUGGCGGGGCCCUGGUGCUGGGUCAGGACCAGGACAGCCGGGGGGAGGGCUUCAACCCCGUCGAGUCGUUUGUGGGCUCCCUCAGCCAACUCAACAUCUGGGACCGGGUCCUGAGCCCUCAGCAGAUCCAGGUUCUGGCCAGCAGCUGCCCGGCCUCCCAUGUGACCCACCGGGGGAACGUCCUGGCCUGGCCCGACUUCCUCAACGGUCAGAUGGGCCGCGUCAAGACCACCCCCGGCAGCAUCUUCUGCGCCGACUGCCCCCCGCUGGAGAGUGCGGGGGCCCACCUGAGGGCCUCCACGGUGGAGGUGAGCCCGGGGGCCCAGGUGCAGCUGUCCUGCGACCCCGGCUUCUACCUGGUGGGCGAGCCCGUGCUGCAGUGUCAGAACAAGGGGGAGUGGAGCCACCCGCUGCCCCGGUGUGAACGCGUGUCGUGCGGGCCCCCCCGGCCCCUGGAGCACGGCUCCUUCCAGGGGACUGACUUCCUGGCGGGCGGCUCGGUGGCGUACCAGUGCAGCGCAGGCUUCUACCUGCUGGGGGACGCCCGCAGCCAGUGCACCAACAGCGGGAAGUGGGCCUCCAACCUGCCCGCCUGCCUGGACGUUGACGAGUGUGCUCUGGGUUCGGACUGUGAUAAACACGCCAGUUGUCAGAACACGGACGGCUCGUAUGCGUGCAGGUGCAUCCACCCUUACAGCGGCGACGGCAAGAACUGCACGGAGCCGGUGAGAUGCGAGGAUCCGGGGUUCCCAGACUUGGGCCACAGAGAAGGCAUUAACUUCCUGAUGGGCGGAGAGGUGGUCUUUGGCUGCCAGGAGGGCCACGAGCUGAUUGGUUCGCCCAAACUCCUGUGCUUGGAGACAGGAAGCUGGAAUAAACCGUUCCCGUACUGCCAAGCCCUCCCCUGCCCUGAGCCCUCCGUUCCAGACAACUCCGACAUGAAGGGGGCCAACUUCACCUACGGAAGCAAGGUGACUUUCAGCUGUAGGAAGGGCUUCCUGCCCCAGGUCCCCUACGAGUUCCAGUGUCUCUCCAGCCAGAGGUGGAGUGGCUCUCCGCCCUCCUGCCACCCCGUGUCGUGCGGCGACCCUCCGUCGGUGCAGCGCGCCCACUACACCCUCCAGGAGACCACCUACCUGGCGGUGGUCCAGUACACCUGCGGCGACGGCUACAGGCUCCAGGGCGCCUCGGAGCUGGUGUGUGAGGCCACGGGCGAGUGGAGCCGGCCCCUCCCACGCUGCACGGGCGUCCUCUGCCCCGAGCCCCCCCCGCUCACGCACGCCGUCACCGCGGGCGACGGCCACAGCCUGGGAGAGGAGGUGCGCUACGUCUGCAAAGAAGGCUACACCCUGAUCGGGCCCGAGACCCGGGAGUGCCUGCCCAGCGGCCGGUGGAGCGAGAGCUCCGCCCAGUGCGUGCCGCGCUCCUGCGGCGCCCCGCCCGCCGUGGACCACGCCGAGCCCUACGAGGGCCACCAGCUGUACGGCGACACGGCCAACUACUACUGCAAGGACGGCUACACGGCCAGCAACAACUCCAAGAUGGUGUGCGACGCGCGCGGCGCCUGGACGCCCCCCGACGGCCUGCCGACGCCCCGCUGCAUCGCCAACUUCUGCCUGCACCCGCCCGCGCUGCCGCACGCCGUCCUGGACGCCGUGCGCAAGCCCAAGUACGCCAGCAACACGGAGGUGGCGUACAAGUGCGAGGAGGGCUUCGUGCUGAACACCACGGCGGCGCUGCGCUGCCUGGUGGGCGGGGCCUGGGAGCCCCCCCCGCGGGAGGUGGGCUGCGUGCCGGUGCGCUGCUCGCGGCCGGAGGGCAUCGAGAGGGGCUACGUCAGCGGCAGCGACUACAGCUUCGGCGCCGUGGUGGCGUACAGCUGCGACCGGGGCUUCCUGAUCCGCGGGGAGAAGCGGCGCACGUGCGAGGCCAACGGGGCGUGGGGCGGGCCGCUGCCCACCUGCGGCCCCGUCGCCUGCCUGCCCCCGCCGAGUCUACGCAACGGAUACAUCCAGAGCAAAGGCCGGUCCACCUACAACAGCCGGGUGACGUACGCCUGCAACGCGGGCUACCGCAUGGUGGGCCGCCCCGACCGCACGUGCCAGGCCAACCGCCAGUGGUCCAACACGGAGCCCCCGUCCUGCGUGCUGCUCAAGUGCGACCCCCCCCCGGACGUGGUCCACGGGCACUACGCCGGCGCGGGCGCCGCCUUCGAGGCGGGCCAGAAGGUGCGGUACGCGUGCGACGAGGGCUACGAGCUGGCCGGCGAGGCGGUAUGGACCUGCCUGAAGCACGGCCAGUGGGACCGCAGCCGGCGGCCGCGCUGCUCCCCGCUGCGGUGCCCCGAGCCCCCUCUGGAGGGCAGCCACCUGGUGCUGCGGGGCCCGGACGACGACGCCACCGUCCUGGAGCUGUCCUGCGAGGACGGCUACGUCCUGCGGGGGGCACCGGUCCUGCGCUGCACCGCCGCCCAGCGCUGGAACGACACCUUCCCCGCGUGCGAGCGUGUGGCGUGCGGCCCGCCGCCGGCCGUGGCGUACGCCGUCCCCGCACCGCCGGCAGCGCCGGCGGGGGCGGCCUUCUACCACGGCGCCGAGGUGGCGUACUCCUGCAUGGACGGCUUCACCCCGAGCCGGGGGGACCGCGUGGCGUGCCUGGCCAGCGGCGAGUGGAGCACGCCGCGCCCCCGCUGCGUCUCCACCGAGUGCCCCCAGCCCACGGAGAUCCACGGCGUGCUGGACGUGCACGGCCUGAUGUACCUCAGCACGGCGCGCUAUGGCUGCAAGCCGGGCUACGCGCUGGUGGGCAACGCCACGCUGGUGUGCGGCGACGGCGGGCUCUGGAUCGGGGGCCUGCCGUCCUGCCGCCCCGUGGAGUGCGCCGCCCCCGAGCCGGUCGCCAACGGCCAGGUGGCGUACCAGAAGCUCCAGUUCGGCCACGCCGCCGCCUACUCCUGCCUGCGCGGCUACCGCCUCCGCGGGCCCGAGAGCCUCCGGUGCCUGACGAGCGGCGCGUGGGACGCGGAGCCGCCCGCCUGCGUGCGGAUCUCCUGCACGGCGCCCCAGCCCCUGGACAACGGCUUCGUGGAGGGGCUGGAGCACAGCUUCGGCGUCACCAUCUUCUACAGCUGUUUCCCCGGUUACCAGCUGGUGGGCCAGAGCCACCUGACGUGCGAGGAGUUCGGCUGGUCCAGCGCCGUCCCCGUGUGCGUGCCCUCGGACUGCGGCCUCCCGCCCCACAUCGACUUCGGGGAGUACGUGCGGGUGACGGAGCGCCCGGCGUCCGGGGGCGCCGCCGCCGCCGCCGCGUCGGACUCCCCGCUGGACCUGAGCUUCCUCCAGGGCACGUGGAUCGCGUACCGCUGCCACCCGGGCUACGAGCUCACGGCGCACGCCACGCUGCUGUGCCAGGAGGACGGCAGCUGGAACGGGACGGCGCCCUCGUGCGCGGCAGAGUGCCAGACGCCGCCGGCGCCGCCGCACGGCUGGCUGAACGUCAGCGACACCUCCCUGGGGAGCCGGGUGACGUACAGCUGCGCCCCGGGGUACCUCGUGGUGGGCCAGGCCGUCCGGCAGUGCGUCUCGGGCCGGCACUGGACGGAGGACGCCCCCGAGUGCCGCCCCGUCUCCUGCGGCGACCCGGGCCCCGUGGCCCACGCCGCGGCGCGCGGCGCCUCCUUCGCCUACCCCGACGCUCUGCGCUACGAGUGCGACGCCGGCUUCCGCCUGCAGGGCGGCGACACCCUCACCUGCCUGGCCGAGGGCCGCUGGGACGGGGAGAAGCCGCGCUGCGAGCCGCUGUCCUGCGGGGCCCAGGUGCCCGGCGACGUGGUGGUCAGCGGGGACUCCUUCACGUACGGACAGCGCGUAGACCUGAGCUGCCGGCCCGGCUUCGUCCUCAGAGGCGGGGCGGUGGGGCUGUGCCGCGCCGACGGCACCUGGAGCCACGGGCCCCUCAGCUGCGUCCCGGAGCGCUGCGGCCCGCCGCCCGCCGUCCCCAACGGCCGCGCGGCGGCGGGCCCCCAGGGCUCGGUCCGCUACGAGUGCGACAAGGGCUACGUCCUGAGCGGGGACGCCGUGCGCGCCUGCCAGGCGGACGGGCGCUGGGGGGGGGCGGCGCCCCUCUGCGAGCCCCUCAGCUGCGACCCCCCCGAGGACAUCAGCCACGGCUACCUGAACGGCUCCAGCUUCCACGUGGACGCGGUGGUGGAGUACGUGUGCUUCGAGGGCUACGAGGCGGCGGGCGACCCCACGCUGCGCUGCUCGGCCGACGGCCUGUGGGAGGGCAGCGUGCGGUGCCUGCCCUGCGCCUGCCCGCCGCCCGCGCUGCGCUUCGGCGCCGUGCUGGGCCGGGACAACGCCUGCGGCGGCCGCGUGCGCUUCCGCUGCGCCGACGGCUACCGCCUCCUGGGGCCCUCCGAGGCGGUGUGCGGCCCCGGCGGCGCCUGGAGCCCCGGCGUGCCGGCCUGCUCGCGGGGCCGCUGUGCCGCCGCCCCGCCCUCGGUGGCCCACGCCGUCACGCAGGGCGGCGGCACGGCCCACGCCGACACGGUCACGUACACGUGCCUGCCGGGGUACCGGGCCAGGGGGUACGCCCUGCUGACCUGCGGGAGGGCGGGCCGCUGGGGGGAGCCCCGGGUGAGCUGCGAGCCCGUGAGCUGCGGGCCGCCGCCCAGCGUCGCGCACGCUCACGUCGUGGGUGAGACCUUCACUUUUUCAAGCCAUGUUACCUACAGGUGUGACGGCGGCUACGCGCUCGUCUCGCCCGCCGCCCCCCUGACGUGCAGCGCCGACGGCACCUGGUCCGGGCGGGGGCCGCGCUGCCAGGCCGCGCCCUGCCCCCUCCCCGAGCACUCGGUGGCCCACCUGGUGGUGGCCGGGGACGACCCCACCCCCGUGGGGGGCUCUCUCAUGCUCUCGUGCCCCCCCGGGUUCCUGUUGGUGGGCCCGGCGCUGAUCCAGUGCCAGUCGGGCAAAAGCUGGGCUCCCAGCCUCUCCUCCGUUUCCUGUCGAGCGGUCACAUGUCCCGACCCGCCGGCGCUGGCCAAUGGCGUGCUGGAGGGCAGUGGCAGCGGUGGCGAGGCCUACAACUACGGCGAUGGCAUCAUGUACACCUGCCUGCCCGGCUAUGAGAUGAAGGGGGAUCCCAUACAAACGUGCCAGGACGACAGAACCUGGAGUGGGACUCAGCCACACUGUGUUGCUUUGUCAUGCGGGCCCCCCCCCUCUGUAAAGCACGCCGUCUCUGAGAUCACGGGAGACGGGUUCCUGAACAAGGCCAGCUAUGUGUGCGACGCCGGCCUGCAGCUGAUUGGUCCAGAGGCGCUAACCUGCCUGGCUAACGGCACGUGGAGUGAGCCCGCCCCCAGCUGUGACGGGGCGCGGGGCUGCGUGGAGCCCGACCACGUACCCCACGGCUGGGUGCGCGUGCACCGCCUGAGCCCCGGCCACGCCCUGAACUUCCAGUGCGACGAGGGCUACUCGCUGUCGGGCGACGCCCUGGUGGUGUGCCUGGACGGGGAGCGCUGGAGGUCCCCGUUCCCCACCUGCCAACCUAAAUCCUGCCCGACGCCCAUGGGGUGGCGGCAGCCGGCCAAUGGGAGCGAGGCCCAGCAGGGCUUCCACGUGGGCCAGGCGCUGCCGGUGACCUGCCCCAAGGGCCAGCAGGCCCGGGGCAGCGGCACCAUCACCUGCCGCCCCGACCAGACCUGGAGCCCCAUCAGCGCCGUGUGUGAAAGGGUUUCCUGCGGCCCCCCUCUCCACGUGGCCCACGGGGUGGUGCGGGGCGCGGUCUUCCAGUUCGGCGACGUGGCGGCGUACUCGUGCUUUAGCGGCUACGCCAUGGAGGGCGUCGGAAGGAGCCGGUGUCUGGAGAACGGCACCUGGACCGCCCCGCCCGCGUGCCGAGCUGUGUGCUGGCUACAGUGCCAGAACGGCGGUGCCUGCCAGCGACCCAACACGUGCGCCUGUCCCGAGGGCUGGAUGGGCCGGUUCUGCGAGGAGCCCAUCUGCAUCUUGCCCUGUCUGAACGGGGGCCGCUGCAAGGCUCCCUACCAGUGCUCCUGUCCCCACGGGUGGACCGGCACUCGGUGCCACACCGCGGUGUGCGCCGCGCCCUGUCUGAACGGAGGGCGAUGCAUACGGCCAAACCGAUGCCACUGCAGCCAGGGCUGGAGCGGGCACGACUGUUCGAGGAAGAGGAGAUCAAGCUACUAUCCUUUCUGAAGAGGCCUCCGUGCUCCACAUAAGCUGUUCAGUCAAGGGGAAUUUUUUUUGUAUAAUUUUCGCAAUUGGAAGCCAUUCAUGUUCGUCACCGGAGGAAGUAAAGCAACGGCUAUUUGUAAAUUAAAACUGUAUUUUUCAUAUAGAAAAACAGUGCUUAAAACAUAUGCUGCUAUUAUAGAUGUGUAAAAACUAUUUGAUGUGAUUGUCCAAUGUAUAUGUGUAAACUAUUCAUUUUUAUAAAAGCGUAAAAUGCCAUUCAAUAAAUAGUUUCCUUCAAUAGUUCAAAUCAAACAUGGCACUGAAUGAUUAAAAAAGGUAAGUAGCAUUUCAAAUGAAUGCUAGGUAUUCAAGGUGUAUUCAAUACUGGACCACAAAACCCCGGCACACAAUGUUAGUUGUCUUUAUUCAUUCCACCAACAAAACAAAUACAAAACAGCAAAUGUGUGAUAUAUCCAUAUAUAUAAAAAAGGUAAAAUUUGAAGUCCCAAGCA